CGUACAAAACAUAGUGUACAGACCUCCCUGCUCCGUUUGUCUAACUCCUCCGCCAGCAGCUGGGGGCAGCUUUUAUCGGGCGGCUGUGGAAUAUGGACGCUUUGCAGUGAGGUGACGGAUUAAACCCGCGGGACACUUUCUGCCAUUCUCUUCCUCCGGACACUUGGACACUCCUUGAUUUCUGUGCGCUGGAUGUGGACCGAGUUCAGCGGGGAUCCCAGCAGACAUUCCCAGUGUAUAGGAAAUGGCGACCGCUCUGAGUGGCCGAAACCCUGGCGGACGUGGACCAAACCGAAAUAAGGGUCGGAUUUUAGGCUUCAUCGAUGCCAUCCACGAUGCUGUAGGGCCACCGAAACAGGCGGCGGCCGACCGGCGGACUGUGGAGAAAACCUGGAAACUGAUGGAUAAAGUUGUUCGCCUCUGCCAAAAUCCCAGACUCCAGCUGAAAAACAGUCCACCAUACAUUCUGGAUAUCUUACCAGAUGCCUACCAGCACCUGCGGCUUAUACUGGGCAAAUAUGAGGAGAACCAGAGACUCACACAGCUCAGUGAGAAUGAGUACUUUAAAAUCUACAUCGAUAGCCUUAUGAAGAAAUCCAAACGGGCCAUCCGGCUCUUCAAAGAGGGAAAGGAGAGAAUGUAUGAGGAGCAGUCACAGGACAGGAGGAACCUGACCAAGCUGUCUCUGAUCUUCAGCCACAUGCUGGCUGAAAUCAAAGCCAUCUUCCCCGGAGGACAGUUCCAGGGGGACACUUUCAGGAUCACCAAAGCUGACGCCGCUGACUUCUGGAGGAAAUUUUUUGGAGAAAAGACGAUAGUGCCAUGGAAAGUCUUCCGACAGUGCCUUCACGAAGUGCAUCUCAUCAGCUCGGGUCUGGAGGCCAUGGCCCUCAAAUCCACCAUCGACCUCACCUGCAAUGACUUCAUUUCUGUGUUUGAGUUCGACAUUUUCACACGCCUCUUCCAGCCAUGGGGAUCAAUUCUGAGGAACUGGAAUUUCCUGGCAGUGACACACCCUGGCUACAUGGCCUUCCUCACCUAUGAUGAAGUCAAAGCCCGACUGCACAAGUACAUCAAUAAGCCUGGCAGUUACAUCUUCAGACUCAGUUGUACCCGACUGGGCCAGUGGGCCAUUGGCUAUGUGACCAGUGAUGGCAACAUCUUGCAGACCAUCCCCCACAACAAACCGCUGUUCCAGGCCCUCAUCGAUGGCUACAGGGAGGGCUUCUACUUGUACCCCGAUGGUCGCAGCUACAAUCCUGACCUCACCGGUCUGUGUGAGCCAACGCCUCAUGAUCACAUCAAAGUGACACAAGAGCAGUAUGAGCUUUACUGCGAAAUGGGCUCCACCUUCCAGUUGUGUAAGAUCUGCGCCGAGAACGACAAAGACGUCAAGAUCGAACCCUGUGGUCACCUAAUGUGCACUUCCUGUCUUACAGCCUGGCAGGAAUCGGAUGGUCAGGGCUGUCCGUUCUGUCGUUGUGAGAUCAAAGGCACAGAGCCCAUAAUUGUGGAUCCCUUUGACCCCCGCAAUGAGGGUGCCAAGUGCUUCUUCCUGGACCAGCACAGCUGCCCCAUGCUGGAGCUGGAUGAUGAGGAAGACCGAGAGGACUGCCUGGUCAUGAAUGGACUGGCCAACAUCAGGAAGCCCUUCUGUAAUGGUGUGCAAAUGAGCGAUGAGUAUGACAUCCUUCCUUCCCGGCACUCACCAACACAGUCCACACUUGCCAGUAGCCACAAACCCUCCAACCCUUUCAGCAGUCCCGUGGUAGAACGACAGCGGGGAGGGAUGGAGAGGAUGGAGGAUGACUAUCAGAUCCCUUCAUCCAACCUCUGCCUGAGCCAGCCUCCCAUCUGCAUUUCUGUACCCAGCAGACACUUGGAGAACGGCUCUCCAGAGCCUUCCAGUGAGGAGAAGAAGCCCCAGCCCCCCGAGCCUGGUGGACAUUGCCCCUUCAACACCAACAAGACACCCUCUGACUAUGACAUUCUUCUGCCACCCCAAGACGACCCCUUCAACAGAUGCCCUCCGUCCCAGCCUCCGCCUCCUCCCCCACCGGCACGGCACAGCUUCACGGACCUCUCCUCCUCCUCCUCCUCCUCCUCCUCCUCGCCAUCCCCAUCCUGCAACUCCUCCAUGUCCUCCUCCUCUGUCAUCACACGACCGCACAGGCCCUCCUCCGGACAGGAGCACCUGCUGUUAACUCCCGACACAGUGUUUGACAUGCUGAACAGUGCUGCUCCUCUGCCUCCAGUCAGACGACACACAGAAAAUGUUAAAGGCUCCAGAGGCUGCCUGGAGUACGACCAUUUACCAAGUCAAGUAUCGAUGGACUGUUUGCAGGCCCCCGCCAGGCCGCCCAAGCCGCUACCCAGGAAGAUCCCUCCGGACAGUCAGCCAGGUAAAACCCACAGCCUAGAGUUGGAGAACGUGGACGCCAAGAUCGCCAAGUUGAUGGGGGAGGGUUACACUUUUGAGGACGUGAAGCGGGCACUGAUGAUCGCCCAGUACAAAGUGGACGUGGCCCGAAACAUUCUGCGAGAGUUUGCCUUAGUGGCCCCAAGACUGAACCUCUAGUCAGUGAAACGGGGAGCACAACAAUGGAGCUGUGCCUCUGAAGGGACUGACUAAAAAAUAAAGGGCUUCUUCAGUCCACUUGGCCUCGGACUGUUGGAACAACAAUGAUCAGCAGAAAUAUUUAAAGGGAGACUUGCCUUUUGUUGCAGAACAGACAUGACGACGCACAACAAAGUGGCUAAAACCAAAUCAUCUCGGAGAAUCAAAGAAAAGGGAGAAAAGACCGUCUGUGAAUGAUUUAAACCUGUGAAAAAAAGAAGCAGGCUUGUUGUUUACAGUGAGCUUUGCCGGUGCUGGCCUCUGGUUUUCAAAUGCUCCUGUUUGUCCCGGGGCUGGGACUGUACACCUGUUUUAAAGCUCUGAUCCUGCUACUGCUGCUACUGUUCCUUUCACACCCUGCCACCCUCCGGACUUCAGUCUGAAGGGCCUUUCAGAAGACAUUUCCAGCUCAUUUCAGUUUAUAUGCUCAACCAGUUGUUAGGGCUCAUUUUUAUUUACAACCAGCAGGGGGAGGCAGACUCCACCGUUUCCGCACUCCUUUCCUGUUUUACCCACUUCCUCCUUCCCUUUUGUGUUGCCCAUUAAAGAAUAGUCCACU